AUGAUCUCCACGACGCUCCAGUUGCUGGUUCUGGUGUCCUUCAUCGUUCUGACGAUCGGCGGGAACGUGCUGGUGUGCCUGGCUGUGGGGCUCAGCCGCCGGCUGUGGCGCAUCGCCAACUGCUUCGUGGUGUCCCUGGCAGUGACGGACCUCCUCCUCGGCCUGCUGGUGAUGCCCCUGUCCGCCAGCGUGGAGCUGCGCAGCGGGAAAUGGCCCUUCGGCGGAACCCUGUGUAACAUCUACAUCUCGCUGGACGUCAUGCUGUGCACGUCCUCCAUCCUGACCCUGCUGGCCAUCAGCGUGGACCGUUACUUGGCCAUUUCGGCUCCGCUGAGCCACUCCAGGAGGGUCACUCGCCCGAGGGUGACAGUGGCCAUCGUCACCAUCUGGGCCUUGUCUCUGGCAGUGUCCUUUGUUCCCAUCCACCUGGGCUGGAACACGGUGGACUACAGGGUGCAGCACUCGGACUGGAGCAUGGGGGACGAGGACAGGGAGGGCCGCUACUGCCAGUUUGAGUGGAACAACAACUACGUGCUGAUUUACGCCUUCAGCACUUUUUAUCUGCCUCUGCUGGUCAUGUGUGGAAUGUAUCUGUGCAUAUUCAGAGUGGCACGAGAACAGGUGCGCCGUAUUCGCGCCACCACCCCGUCAUUUGCACGCACAGCGACUGCGGCCGUAGCCCGAGAACACAAAGCCACAGUGACCCUGGCUGCCGUACUGGGGGCUUUUGUCAUCUGCUGGUUCCCCUACUUCACCUUCUUCACCUGCAAGGGCAUAAAGGAGAAGACGAACCCCCCGAACACGCUUCACUCAGUCGUCCUGUGGCUGGGCUACUUUAACUCCACCCUCAAUCCCAUCCUGUACCCGGCCUUCAACAGGGAUUUCCGCAGAGCGUACGGAGAGCUGCUGCGCUGCAGAGGAGCGGCCCGCAGAAAAGCGCAGCUCGACUGCGAGUCCACGCAUAAACGAUUGACUUUCAGUAACGGGCACGAGGCCCCUCUGCAGCCUGGCAAGCAAACAAAAGCAGAAGCCGAGGAGAAAAACCUCACGCUGCACGAGACAAACGGCGCCCCCGCCGAGCCGAGAUGA